UCUUCUCUCUCAGACAUAUGAGAUGGCUUUUCCCAGCUGCAGGUCCAUAAACCUCAAGACUCUGGCCUCACUUCUAGUGGGCAUGAGUUUCUUGGCACUGCAGCAGUGGUUCCUGCAAGCCCCGAGGUCCCAGCAGCAGGAGGGGAAGAGGGACGGCCCCACCCAUGCGCCCUCGGCCACCACGCAGCCGGUGAACCCUAGUGUCACAGAACUUACCCCAGGACCCCAGUGCGUGGCCAACGCCUCCGCUAACACCACUGCUGACUUCGAGCAGCUACCCGCGCGGAUCCAAGACUUCCUGCGGUACCGCCACUGCCGCCACUUCCCGCUGCUCUGGGACGCGCCAGCCAAGUGCGCGGGCCACAGCGGUGUCUUCCUGCUCCUGGCGGUGAAGUCGGCGCCAGUGCACUACGAACGGCGCGACCUCAUCCGGCGCACGUGGGGGCAGGAGCGCAGCUACCGCGGGCUGCCCGUGCGCCGCCUCUUCCUGCUGGGCACCCCUGCGCCCGGGGACGCGGAGCGCGCCGCGCGACUGGCGGCGCUGGUGGGGAUGGAGGCGCGCGAGCACGGCGACGUGCUGCAGUGGGCCUUCACCGACACCUUCCUCAACCUCACGCUCAAGCACGUGCUCCUGCUGGACUGGCUGGCGCAGCGCUGUCCGCAGGCGCGCUUCCUGCUCAGCGGCGACGACGACGUCUUUGUGCACACCCUCAACGUGCUCCGCUUCCUGCAGGCGCAGCCGCCUGAUGGACACCUGUUCGCCGGGCAGCUCAUGUACGGCUCCGUGCCCAUCCGCGACAGCGGGAGCAAGUACUUCGUGCCUCCGCAGCUCUUCCCGGGUGAGGUGUACCCGGUGUACUGCAGCGGCGGCGGCUUCCUCCUGUCCCGCGCCACCGCCCGGGCCCUGCACGCGGCAGCCCGCCGCACGCCGCUCUUCCCCAUCGACGACGCCUACAUGGGCAUGUGUCUGGAGCACGCGGGCCUGGAGCCCCGCGGCCACGAGGGCAUCCGCCCCUUCGGCGUGCGGCUGCCCGGCGUCCUUCACGACUCCUUUGACCCCUGCAUGUACCGCGACCUGCUGCUUGUGCACCGCUUCACGCCCUACGAGAUGCUGCUCAUGUGGAAGGCGCUGGGCAGGCCUGCGCUGAGCUGUGGCCAGAGACACGUCGUCUCCUGAGGCCGGGCGGGGGCGCUGCCGGGUGGAUGAGCAGCAUCAGCCCCCAGGGCCUCAUCCCGUGAUGGUUUCCCUGCUGAGAACGGCUUUUCCUGCCCUGGGUAUCUUCUGCCCCUACCACCCGGCUGUGCAUUGAAAGCUGGCGGAGGUCCGGGUGGAGGUUGGGAAAUACCUAAGUACUGGCCCCAUCGCCAAAGGUUUUGGUUUUGUUGGUCUGGGGUGACCCCAGACAUGCAGAUAUUUUUUAAAUUCCUCAGGUGAUCCUAAUGUACAGCUAGGGUUAAGGGCCACUGAGCCAGGAACGUCUGUUCCUCCUUUCAAACCCAGCCCCAACACCCCUCUACAAGCCCUCGGGGACACCCAGCUCCCCCACUCUGACUAGACGGUGGGCAGUGGAGCAAGUGGGGUACAAAUAUGAGUUGUCGUUCCCAUGGUUUCCUCCACAAACACAGAGGACAGAGCUAGAGCUGGGCCGACAACCAUCAGAUGAAUCCCCUCUCAGAAGUCAGCCAUCACUCGGGACUGAAGGGCUUCUGACAGCCUUCUUCCCACCACUGCCUCAGUAUCCCUCUGAGGUCAAAAUCUACACUGUGCAAAGUGGAAACCUGAGCCCCAGUCGGGACAGUCCAAGGCCAUGUAGACAUUUGCAGAAAACAGACCACUGUAGUCCCCACCACACUCACCCUGACCAAAGCUAACUGCUGUUUGGGUCCUUGCUGGUGUGUACCUGCCAGCCAGCCCUCACUCCCAGCCAGAAAAGACAGGCUUUUUGCCAGGGUCUGGGCGUCUGUGUCAAUCAGCCUUGGGAAACAAAGCUGGGUGGUGAUCUGGGGGUGGGGGUGGGGGUGGGAGGUGUGACACACCAGGGAAAGCAGCGCUUGGAAAGCCUGUGAAGGUCAGCAUGUGGAAUUGUGUCUGGGCCUGGGGGAUCUGGAACGGUGGUGGACAAUGGUUGGGGGGGGUGGAGCUGGAGAGUCUGCAGUGUACAGUGAGACCAGACUGUGGUCCUACCCUCCAGCAGCUGCCAGUCAUCUUGGCAAAGUAGGAAACCAAGAAAACAGCUUAAGAGAAGGCAGAAAUGUGUGUCACUACGGUCCCAACUAUGCAAAACAGAUGAGAGGCUCUCAACUUCAAGGAGGAAGGAGCAUAGGCAAGAAGUCAGGAGACGGACCAAAUGCCUUUCCCUGCCUUCAGAGCAAACUCCAGACUCCUCGGGCCAGCGCUUAGGGUUCUUGGCUAUAUUACUAAUCUUCCAUCCUCAUCCUCUCCAUUUCUCCCCACUAUCAGACUCCAUCCAGGAGAGCCAUUCUCAGCAUCCCUGCUUUGUUGGGCUCUCUCUUGCCUCUGCAUCUUUGCACAAGCUCUGAUUUGAAUACCUAAAUAUCCCCCAGCCACCAUCACCAUCCCUGUCUCUUGUGUUAAUUAGUAUGUCUGUGAUGGAGGCUGCUAGCUAUCUGCCAAAAUCUGCUGCUCCCUACUCCUCUCCCCAUGCACACACUUGGACUAUGUUUCUAGCAUCCCUACCCCCAUGGUUAGUUGUGGCCAUGUAUCUAGAUGUGGACAGCAUCCCUGUCCUCUACCCACUAGAAGCCAGUAUCACAACCUCACGGCCCAGACACAAGUAGACAUGAGGAGGACCAGUCCUGGGCCUGUCUAUGCUCACUUCCUCCUUCCACUGGGCUGGAAUAUGGAUGGGCUUGUGAACCAGCUCUGACUUUGCAGAUGAGGAUAACACUCCAGGCCUAAGCUUCUUAACUGUUGGCAUUUUGGGUAGGGGAGUUUUUUUGUUUUUGUCCUGUUCUGAUGCUGCAUUGUAAAACAUUUAGCAGCAUCCCUGUACUCUACCCAGUAGAAACCAUAUCACAAUCAAAAAAUUUCUAGACUUUGCCAUGUUCACCUUCUUGAUAACCACUGGCCUAGAGAAAAGCAGAACCUCAUGAGGGUUUCUGAGUCACUGCAUAGGAAUGGACUUUGAUCACUGACCAUGGAUUGACUUGGAUGCUCAGCCCAGUGAGGAAAACAAUAAACUUGAAUGUUUUAUUGAGCCUCUGUAUCUUAGUUGACUCUUUGUUAUAGCAGCUUUGCCCUCCUAAUGUCUUAGCUGGGAAGCUUAUAAACAAUUAUUUCCCACAGUUCUGGGAAGUCUGAGAUCAGCAGAUUUCAGGUGUGGUGAGGUCUAAUUCCAUACCACAUUCUAGCUGUGUCUUCACAUGGUGGAAGGGGUGAAUAGGCUCUCAAGGGCUUGUUUUUUGUUGUUAAGAGAUGGAGUCUCUGUCACCGUGAGUGGAGCAUAGCAAUAUGAUCAUAGCUCAUGGCAGCUUUGAACUCCUGAGCUUAAAACAAUCCUCCCACCUCAGCCUCCUAAGUAGCUGAGACUAAGGCACUGCAAUGCCAAAUUCAUUUAAAAAAAUUUUUUUUGUAGAGAUGGGUGUCUUGCUAGGUUGCCCAGGCUAGUCUCAAACUCUUGACCUCAAGCAAUCAUUCUGCCUCUGCCUCCCAAAGGGUGGAGAUUACAAAAAAUAUAUAAAACCACACCCAUUUGUUAACCUACAUUUCUGUUGUCCAAAGUAGGUCUCACUGGAUUAAAAUCAAGGCAGGACUGCAUUCCCCACUGGAGGCUCCAGAGGAGAAUCCAUUUCUUUGCCUUUCAGGCUUCUAGAGAUCCCCUUUGAGAUCAGCAAGGUAGCAUUUCUCUGUGCCUUGCUUCCAUACCCAAAUCUCUCUUUGACUCUUCUGCCUUUCCCUUCCCCUGCUAAGGACCCUGUGAUUACAUUGGGCCCACCUGCAUAACCCAGGAUUACCUACUGUAAAGUCAUCUGAUUAGCCACCUUUGUUCAUUCUGCAACCUUAUUUCCCUUUAUCGUGUAAUUUAACAUAUGCACAGGUUCCAGAAAUUAGGGUGUGGACAACUUUAGGGGGACAUUAGUCUGCCUACCACAAUGCCCAGUAAACGGGUAAAAUAAAUAAAUAAUGAAGAAAAAUGAAUAAAUGAACAACUGUGCUCCCUUCAUACAGACCUCCCUGAUGUAGACUGUCAUUCUGGACACUUUAAUAUUGUGAAUCCUGAAUUCUCUGCCCAGCUGCCAUUUGUCAAGAGACAAGGAAACAAAACGCUGAGGCCAAAAAGCGGAGUUGUCCUGUGAAAAAUCUGAAUUGUGCUUUGAUGCAAUUCACUGUCGCAAAAGCAUACGGAAAAGGGCUUUGACAACUUCCAUUUCCAUGACAGGCGAAUUAUCCCCGUUUUACUCCUAUAGAGAUUAAGAUUCAGGAACUUUACAGCUCAGACAGAUGGGGAAGCCGCAGUUAUGGGUCUAGUGAGUGACUCUGAGACUUGGGCACCUCGUCUUUGAAGGUGGGUUGCUCGCGUGUCCAGUCCCAGAGAAGGCCGCACAGCCCCGCAACCCUGGCGCCACCUGACCCAUCACCAGCCGGUCCGUGGCAAGGCGCGCGCCGACCCGCUCCUCUGCUAAGAGCUCCGCGGCCGCCAGGGGACGCGCCUCGCACGCGGCUCUCCUGCUCUUCGCGCAGCACCUGGCAUCCUGCCUGUCCCGGGACUCGGGGAAGCAGCCCCCGAGCGAGUGCCCACAACUCGCUUUGCGAGGCCAGAAUGACUUUGAUACUCAAACCUCCCGAGGAUCCCACGAUCAGGGAGAAUGAUGUGCCUGUCUCACGAACCUAGAUUCAAAAAUCCUACACACUAGCAGGUGGAUUGGAGUGACAGGCAAAAUAGGAAAGUUUAUCAGAACUGAGGUAGGUUUAUCCCAGAUAUUCCAGAUGGAUUGAACAUUAGAAAAACAAUCAAAAUAUAUAAGUGAAACAAUGAGAUCCGUCAAUGUUGAUGAAAUGUAUAUUUAUUUAUUUAUUUAUUUAUUUUGCAGAGACAGAGUCUCACUUUACCACCCUUGGUAGAGUGCCAUGAUGUCACAGGACUCACAGCAACCUCCAGCUCUUGGGCUUUCGCGAUUCUCCUGUCUCAGCCUCCCGAGCAGCUGGGACUACAGGCGCCCACCACAACGCCUGGCUAUUUUUUGGUUGCAGUUCAGCCGGGGCUGGGUUUGAACCCGCCACCCUCAGCAUAUGAGGCUGGCGCCCUACUCACCGAGCCACAGGCGCCACCCAUCAAGAGAUAGAUGAGCAUCUCAGAUGCAAUGGAUAAAAGGUUUGGUAAAAAUUCAACAUCCAUUCAUGAUUUUAAAGAAAAUUUUAGUAAGGCUGGGCGCCGUGGCUAACGCCUGUAAUCCUAGCACCCUGGGAGGCCACAGGUGGAGGGGUGGGGAGCGGAUUGCUUAAGCCCAGGGCUUGGAGAUCAGCCUGAGCAAGAGCGAGACCCCGUCUCUAAAAAAUAGCUGGGGAUUGUGGCGGGUGCCUGUAGUCCCAGCUAUUUGUGAGGCUGAGGCAAGAGGAUCUCUUGAGCCCAAGGGUUUGAGUUUGCUGUGAGCUGUAAUGCAACAGCACUCUACCCAGGGUGACAAAGUGAGACUGUCUCAAACAAAAACAAAAAAGAAAAAGAAAAUUUUAGUAAAAGGUGAAAACAUUUGGAAGCAUUUCCUUUAAGGUUAGGAACAAGACUAGAUGUACUUAUUAUCACCACUCUUCAACAUCGUUCGUGACUUGCUAGCACAGUGAGACAAGAAAAGAUAGAAAAACAUAAUGAUUGGAAAUAAAUAAAAUGGUCAAAACCUCAGAAGUUUACAACUCUAUCAAAUCCAUCUUCCCUUUGUGUAACAAAGUGAGCCCAAACUCCUCAUCCUGAAAUGAAAUUCUUAUGUAACAUAAUCUGUCCACAGACAUAUCUUCA